AGCUGGUACAGGGUAAUACAUCGACGACUGUGUGUGCACUCAUUCUGGAAAUAGGCUGGAAAGAAAAAAAAGGCGGGUAUAAUGAUGUCCUUUACUUUCAACGCCAAGUCUCUUCAAGAAACGGCUGCUAAAAUCUUUUAAAAAGCGUCUGUAAUGGCAACGCAAUUUAGUUUGAAAGCUGUGUGGCAAUUUCUUAACGAGAAAGGAGGGAAGGUAGAGAGUACGGAGCUCUUGGAAUAUUUCAGAGCUUUUUUGGACGACCCCAACUCGAGGGAAAAUGCUCGGGGACUGUUCAAAGAGUUUGUGAACAAAGUGGGGCUGGUGGUCCAAGAAGGAGGAGUGAAGUACAUACGUCUGAAAAAGAAGUACCGGGGUAAAUUGGACUGGUCUGAAGCGUCUGCUGGUGGUUGGGGUCACGGAAAGAAAGAGGAUGGCAGUGCAAUGGAAGAUGGUGACAAGCAAUGUGCAGAAAUCAGCUUCGAAUCAUCCGCACAGUCCCCGAAACAAGGCUCCGGUGAUGAGAGUUUGAUGGAAGCUUCCGAGUCGGUCUUAACCCCAGAGGCUGAAUGCAGCAGUUUGGAUAACUCGUGCGCUAAAGAAUGCAGCGAAAGUAAUCAGAGUGUAGCUGUGGAGCAGUGUAGCAUUCAACAAGAUGGGCGAAUAACAUGGCACGCCCAUACAAAUGACACUUCCAAACCUGGGAUUUAUUCGAAUAGCAAUUCAACCGUGUCAAAUAUCGACAUAAAAGGGGGGAGUCACGUUCAAGCGGAACAUAAACAUGUAACAAAAUUGGUGACCGAAUCCUUUCAAGCAAGUGCUAAUUUGGACGCAAGCUUAGAUUUCAGCCAAGCUGUUCCAAAUGUUAAAGAUGGUGCAGAUCUUCUCGUCGAUACCUGUAAUUUACUGAACAUCUCAAAACCUGACAGUGAUGGAAAGAGUACAGAAAUUUGGACGUUGUCUGAAUGCCCCGCAAAACAGUUACCGACAUCUAAGGAAACAGAGAAGAUGGAUUUUAGCGCACACUGCAUAAAACCGAAGAAUGACAAUGUAAGAUUAUCCACAUUUCACGGCAACUUUCCCCCCACUCAAGUCAAGACGAGCCCUGAUGUUAAUACCAGAAGGUCUUCGCGAAAGCGUUUACAGCGCAGUCUGGCGGUAAAUCGGUCGAGCAGCGUCUGUGAUGAAGGAAACACAUGCGAGAACUCGAACGAUGUGUCUGGUGUUAAUAGUGAAAGCUUAAGUACACCCAGAUCAAGCAGGAAAAAUUUUAGAGAAUUAAUGAUCAGCGGUUCACCCCAACUAAGGCAUAGUGUUGUUUACAGCAACUCUGCUGUUUUCCCAAAUAUUAACCAGGGAGAUUUUGGAUUUGGUAGAAGCGAUACAGACUCCUCCUCUUUGACAUCCUCAAAACUGGACGAGGAAGAUGGUGGGUCAGUAGCACUUGAUCCCUUGGAACAUGAGUGGAUGUUGCAUGCUUCGGAAGGGAAGUGGGAUAGUAUCGAGACAUUACUGGCAGCUGAUCCUAGCCUAAUCACGUGGAAAGAUUUUGUCACUGGAUUUACGUGCAUUCACUGGGCAGCAAAACACGGUAAACCUGAAUUGUUGGCAAUGCUUGUCAAUUAUGCAAGAAAACAUGACAUUCCGCUCAAUAUUAAUACUCGAUCUAGUGGUGGCUACACUCCUUUGCAUUUGGCUGCCAUUCAUGGACAUACAGAAGUAGUGAAACUGCUGUCUGGUGCAUAUGAUGCUGAUGUAGAUAUUAGGGACUACAGUGGGAAAAAAGCGUGGCAGUACCUGGGCCAAAACAUUUCUGAAGAGUUGAGGAAUCUCAUUGGUGCAGCUAGGAGCACUGACCCAGAAAGCUCAUUACAGAAUUCAAAUGGGCGUUGGAGAAUAUCGAAAGUUCUUCCCGCCAAUUUGACAUACAAAUUGACCAGUGCUCCUGAUGAAGAGGUUUAUUAUGAUGGCGCCCCUUCAAAAGUAGUCAACCGGAAAACUUCAGCUAAUAAGAUAAAGUUCAAUAGAAUAAGGUUUAAAACACAGAUUAUUCAGUCUUCGUCUUCACUUGGAGGACAAGGUGAUCAAAGAGAUCCUAAAAGUGCAUUGAAACUUAGACCUAAGUCAACUAUUUUUGGAUAAAGACAUUAGAAGCAAAAAAGAAUUCUAGGAAGAAUCAGAUUAACAUUAGACACAAUUUCCUUUUAAGUAUGUUACACUUCAAUUAACAUGAUUAUUAAUCAAGUCAAUUCAAAUUUUUGCCUUGGGUAAAAAAGAUUGGUGUGCAUUUCUUUGAUGCCUUUGAAUGAAUUGUAGUUAUCAUUUAUAAAUGAGUUGCAUGUUGCAAAUAACAGGAGUAAUUGCACUUGUUUCGUUGAAUUGAGAUCUGUGUCUGUCAGAAAUUGUUGUUUUCAAUCAUUAUACAGUAUUUAGAAACAUAAUUGCCAUGUCAAAAAAAUGAGAUCGUUAUGAUGGAAUGGAAUUAAAUUUGUAUAUGUAAUAUUUUUAUAGAUCAAUGAGACCAAUGCAGAUGUCAUAGUAAAAGAGUGGAGUUGAUAUUGUAUGGUAAACAUUGUGAUGGAUUGCAUCAUUGGUUUAUAGGUUGUUCAGUUGAAAGUAUUUGUGAAGCACAUUGAAAUAAUUUGAGUGGUUUAAAGAAAAUGUAGAAAUUCAUUUUAGAAAUGCCAUAAUUUGGUAUAUAAGGUACUCCUUGAUUGCUGCAAAAUUUCUAACCUUAAAGGGCACCUGCUACAAACAUACUUAUAACUGGAUUUGCUGCUUUAAAUGUACUAAUGGUGAUAAGUUGUUUAUGAUAAAAUAAUGUGUAACUCUAUGUAGGGAAUGGUCCUUUUAAGGUAAAGUGACACUAAAUUUUAAUCUAUAGGAUUUGUAAAUUUAAAGCCUCUAAUUGAUUUUGGGUUUUAUAGGAUUUUUUCAGCCAUUUAGGAUAAGAUAAAAAUAUAUGGAGAAACUCUCUCCAAGAUUAGGACAAUAUUAAAGGUAGGCGUUUUGCUCUUUUAAAUUAUAGUUUAAAAUGUCGUGUGUUGCAACCAGUUUGAGACACUAAGUUAAAAAUUUAUAUUUCUUGGUGAAAUUAAAGAUUAUGCUGCUGAAAUCCUGAGAAAUCCUUAUUUUUUGUAGCUCGCAAGGAAUGUUGCCAAUAUUUUGUUGAACUUGAGCUACCCUUUAGUGCUGCUGGGGGGAAUAAGUUGAAGGUCUUUGUUAAUCAUCUGAAUAUGGCUCAGCUGGCCCUGUUCAUGCUGCCUUGAAAAUAACCAGCCAUGAAUUUUCAAAACUAAUGCUGAUGAGAUUAAAUGGUGCAUUAAUUUCAGGCUUACUUGAAUCAGAAGAAGUGUGGACAGGUAGUGUUAUUGAAAGAAAUAAUUGAAUGUUCUCAAAUUUAUCUUGUAAACUACUUAUUGAAAGCUGUGUAUCCCUAAUUGUUAAUGUUUAAUUUAAUUUCUUUGAACUUAUUGCAAGUCUUUAAUUUGAUACUGACUUUUAUCAACCUGGUCUGCAUUGAGAAAUCAAUAACCUCUCAUGCAAUAGGAACUUUGGCUGACUAUAGUGAAGUGGAAAUAUUUAUAAAUUAUAGAUAAGGUUAGAAAAUGUCAGAACAGAAGCUUUGCUUACAAGUUAUUAUUUAGAUCCCUGACAGAUCCUUUAGCCUUAAGAACAGUGUCAAACUAAUUAUAAAUGUUAGACAUACUGUGUAGUCAUUGAACUAAAUGAUAUAGUUGAACUUAUCCCCACAUAACACUUCUGGUGAGUUGUAUGUAGCACUGAAAAAAGCUCUCUGAUUAAGAAAAUACAAUUAAAUAUUUUUUGAAUGUCUGAAACUUAAAAAUAUUUUCAAUGCUUUAGUAGCCCUUGGAAUAGUCAUAUUUGUUCAUAAAAUAAGGUGACAAUGUUGACAUAAGUUCUAAACUAUUGUUGACUUAGUUAUAUUCAACUUAUUUUAUCCUUAUUGCCUACAUAUAAAUUUCCAACAGAAUAGGCUGAUGAGCUUGAGAUGAUCUCUAGUGAAUACCACUGAGGCUGGGUUCACACUGUAAAAUUAAACACUGUUUUCUGUAAUUUUAUUCUGAGACACAUAACAUGGUUGAUCUGAAAAAAUUACAGAUCAAUACUAUUGUAUUAUAACAUGGCAGGUAAUGUUAAGGACAUUGCCUGGGAAGAACAGAUUGAACUAUAAUCUACAUUUGUAUUUACUAUAAUUGAUCAGAAAUUUUAAGCUUGACUAUCGUGGGGAAAGAAACAUAUUAAUGAUCACUAAUGAUAAAUACAUUCACUUAAGAAAGCCAAGAUGAAGCCAAUUUGUUGUCUGGUAUUUUCUGGUAUAGAAUGAUAGUCAGAUCAGGACUGGCAGCAGGACCCAUCAGUUUUUGAGUGAAAGAGAAGGAAGGCUGGCUGGCAAUGGAAUCAGGGUAUGACUAGCCAUACUGAGGCUAGUAUCUGUAAUAAGCAAGCUGCUGUGGGAUUUUGUUUUACUUUUUAUUGUCAUCUUCAUAGCUAUCAUGUUACUGAUGUGUGGUUAGUAUUGGAUCAAACAAAUUAGGAAGACCAGCAGAAUAGUGAACUACUACAUUCCAUAUGCAAAACUUAUAAUUUAGAUUUAUAAAAGAUGUAUCUUUGUUUUAAAAAAGGAAAGACUUGACAUUUGAAUAAUUUAUAUAACAGAAUAAGUGAUAAUCUAAUACUUGGAAAGCAGUGAUGUAGCUGGACUGUAUUAUAACAGUACCACAUUUCUUUUAUACUUCAGUGGGUGCCAUACGAGUUUUGUGUUUGGAAAAGGAUGGAGAACUUGAAUGCAUUUUGUUUGCUUUUGUAUUCAAAACAAAAUAAUACUUGCUAUUUGUAAACAUAACUGCACAUGUGAAUCAUCUCGAGGUAAAAUAUGCUUUGUUUACUAAUGUGUUGCUAUUUUAUUACUAAAUAAUGAAAUAAAUAAAAUUCUGUGUAAACCA